AUGGUCGAACGAAAGAAUGGCCCCAAAUUACCAAAGCAGCAGCUAGCAAUUCUAGCUGUUGCGAGGUUCGCCGAGCCCUUGGCCUUGACCUCCGUGUUUCCCUACCUCCCUGAGAUGAUCAAGAGCUUCGGUGUGGACAAGAACGAGGUAGCACGAUGGGCUGGUUUCACCGGUUCCGUCUUCUCUCUCUCCCAGAGCUUCACCGCAGUCUUGUGGGGCCGGGCGUCAGACAAGUUUGGCCGGAAACCCAUCAUCCUCACGGGGCUGUUAAGCACCAUGUUCUGCUUCCUCCUCUGGGGUAUGUCGACAAGCCUUCCCAUGGCGCUCACGGCGCGGGCCAUCAUGGGAGGUGGAAACGGCAAUGUUGGUAUCAUCAGGACAAUGGUGGCCGAACUGGUGCCCCAGAAGGAACUACAGCCCGUAGCCUUCUCCCUCAUGCCGCUCACCUGGUCCAUCGGCUCCGUCUUCGGCCCGAUAUUUGGCGGCUUCUUUGCCCGCCCCGUUGACCAGUAUCCGUCUCUGUUCGGAAACUCAGUGUUUUUCAAGAAAUACCCCUUUGCAUUGCCAAACUUUGUAGCGUGCGGCUUUUUUUUCAUCUCAUUCAUGACAGGCUUGCUGUUUCUCAAGGAAACACUUGAAAGCAAGCGUGACAAGCCCGACUGGGGCUUGCAGCUUGGCGAGAAGCUGGCUAGCAAGCUGCGUCGUCGUCCGUCGCCACGGAGGAGAAAGACGCGCCGGCUUUCAUACGUCGACGACGAGGCAUCCGCCCCGCUGCUCGCGGCCCGCACCGCCCGGGUUGCCGCCGACGCCAAGCAGCCGUCCAUGGCCGAGGUCUUUACGGACCAGACCAUCAUCAACUUGGUGUCCUAUACGUUUCUGACGCUGCACUCCGUCACCUACGACCAGGUGCUGCCCGUAUUCCUCAACUACCCGCGCCAGAUCCCCGACGAGACCAACACCCACCUCCCGUUCAAGUUCUCGGGCGGCUUCGGGAUCGGGUCUGACAGGAUCGGGAGUCUAUAUACCCUCUACGGGUUCUGCUGCGGAGUGGUCCAGUUUCUCCUGUUCCCCUUCCUGUGCAGGCGCUACGGUGCGGUUGUCUGCUACAGGGCCUCGGCCAUGGUCUUCCCCAUCAUCUACAUCCUGACGCCGUACACGGCACUGGUACAGGACGACACGGCCCGCUACGUGUGCCUCAUCACUCUGAUGCUGGUCAAGGGCUUCGUAGUCAUCAUCGGCUUCCCGUGCACGACCAUCAUGCUGACCAACUCGGCGUCGUCGCUGCGCAUCCUCGGCACGCUCAACGGCUUCGCCACCACAUUCGCCGCCAUCGGCCGCGCCAUCGGGCCCGCCAUCGCCGGCGCCAUCUUCACGCGCGGCGUCGACCGCGGCUACAUGAUUGCCCCCUGGUGGUCCAUGGCCCUCGUGGCCACCAUCGGCGCCGUGCCCUCGUGGUUCAUCGUCGAGGGCGACGGGCCCUCGGGCGGCUCCAACGCCAACUACGAGGACGAUGAUGAAGAAGACGACGAGGACGAGGACGGCACCUUGGUACCUAACUCUGAUGACGACGAGAGCGAUGCCGCCGCCGCUGCUGCCCCUAGCGGCUACGGCACUAUCGCCCGCCGUCGCCGCGGCGAGGACCGCGCAGGCGCGGCCGUCGAUCCGCGCGACGUCAAGCACAGCACGCCUAAUAUCCCAGCCAUCAAGCUGGACAGUCCGAGACCGUCGAGCGCGGCCCCAUAG